CAUACAUUCCCGUUAACCGUCCGGAUGCUCCACAUCAUUUGGCUCCAAAUUCAAUGGAGCGACAUCUUGACAUUCAGUUCGUCUCUUGCGUGAAGAACUCGUUGCCCCCAUUCGCGCGUCUAUAUCUACUCUUCAGCUUGACUUCGAUGCCAUGCAAGCACCAGCUCCAAGACGUGAGGCGCAGCCAAUCCAAUUGGAAAAGUUAAUCAAGGCAAGGGGAGGCGUGUAUCGAACCUCUGGAUAUAACUCGACUAUGUUCCAUAUCUAUACAAAUGUCGAAUACUCUCCUCUUCAAGCAGAGCGACGUGGUUUCACGGUCGGUCUUGUUAUCGAUGCACCUCCCUCGGACCGUGCUCGACACUCUGAUCCCAAAGUCAGAAAAGAGUUCUGGGAGCGUGCUGGUUCACGACGUCUCAGGGCCGGCAGCCUCAUCGUUUUAGUCAUCGCACAUUCGGGUCGUCUAAAGAUCUAUGUUGGCAGUGUGUCUUCAUCGACAGAUGACAUCAUCGAGUCGUCGAAGGUCCACGAGAGCCGCAUUGAAGUUCGCGUCAAAUUUUUUGAUCCCGACGUAGAACUUGGCGCCCUUCGACAGGAAAAGAUCACUAUUGAUCAGCAUCGAUUCGCGUUCUUGGUGGACAACAACAUUAUGUUCGAAUCUAUCAGGCCAUUUUUGGAGAAAUUGCGUUCUGUUGAACCUACUUCCAUUCCAUUUUCCAAUUAUAUCUGUGGGGGAACUCUGAGAGGAGUCAUGGUUGCACCUCCGAAGUACAGCCGACAGCCGACUUUCCGAUAUAACCUGGAAUGUCUAUCGAAAGAUAGGGUCAGGGAGUAUGUCCAUCCAUUGAACGCAGCCGACCCUUUAUCAAUCCGGAGAGCCCGACUACAGCUGAAGUCGUCAAGCAUUUUAGAUCCCAGUCAAUGUGACGCUGUGGUCGACGCUUUGACACAGGAAGUUGCUCUAAUUCAAGGACCUCCAGGUACCGGAAAGAGUUUUACCGGCAAAGAGUUGCUUCGGGUCUUAUUCGCCAGCAAGGUCAAACCUAUUGUGAUGAUCGCUUUCACAAAUCAUGCACUGGAUCACAUGCUGCUAUCUCUCUUGGACGCAAAAAUCACGACGAAUCUUGUUAGGUUGGGAUCCCGGUCCUCGGACGAACGUAUCAAUGGAUAUACCUUAGACAAGUUAGAGAGGAUGAAGGAUGGAGCGUCUUCACCCCUGGAUCAGAUUGUGCGCAAGGAGUGGUUUGCCAUGGACCGACUAGAAGACGAGAUGAGAACAAUCCUACGGCAUAUCCAAACACCUUCGCACACCUGGGAGACAGUAGCCAACUAUCUGCAAGAGGCGUUCCCUGAUCAUCUUUUCUCAUUCAUGGACCCUCCUUUCUGGAUUGAUCAGCUAGCAGAAGAUCUUCGUCAGGAUAUCGAAGCAGAAGGGGAAUGGAAAACCGUGAACACGAAGAAGAAAAGGCGCGAUGUCGAUAUCCCGAAUACCAUAUAUUCCUUUUGGAAAACUGGGCAGGAUAUCUCGUUCCUACAGCCCCCACAGCCUCCGCUGACUACCGCACGGUCAUCUAAAGGAAAGAAGGGGAAGCAGCAGCAGAGGCAGGCGCAGGAACUUAUUCUUGCAGCGGAGCUCCAGCAGGAAUAUUUGACACGCAUGAACAACCUCUUCGUGCCGUUGGGAUAUCCAGAGGGUAUGGUUCCGCCUAUUCCAAUGACUUCCAGACCAAUCGACGAGCUUCUGAUCACCGAUACUAUCUGGAGCAUGUCUGUCGAAGAGCGACAUGCACUGUCCGCAUUCUGGGAGGCCGAAAUGAGGACCUUUGCGUAUAACGAGCACAGACAGGAUUACGAAGAACGGCGGGAAGAGUAUGAAGCCGCUUGUAAGCGGUUCAACGAUGCCAAGGACGAGAGUCGACGGCAAUUGCUAUCUCGGAUUGAUCUGAUUGGGUGCACCACUAAUGGCGCUGCCAAACUUACCUCACUGUUGACGACCAUUGCGCCCAAGGUUUUGAUAGUGGAAGAGGCAGGACAAGUCCUAGAGGCCCAUAUCUUAUCUUCUCUUGUGCCAUCUGUGCAACAUCUUAUUUGUAUAGGUGAUCCACAGCAACUUCGUCCUACCUUGGCAAAUUUCUCUCUCUCUAUGGAUAGUGCAAGAGGAAACGAAUUGUACAAAUUUGACCGUUCUUUGAUGGAACGACUGGCGGAUGGUGGGUUCCCAAUGUCCCAGAUCAACGUUCAGCGGAGAAUGCGUCCAAGCAUUUCUCAUAACAUUCGAACAAUUUUGUAUCCUAACUUGGAGGAUCACGACCUCGUCAAGAAGUACCCUCCCAUUCAAGGGAUGGAACGCGACCUCUUCUUCUUUACCCACUCGAACCGGGAGAAAGCUGCAGAUGAAGGCUCGGCAUCUAAAGUCAAUAUGUUCGAAGUUAAAAUGAUUGUUGAUCUCGUUGUGUACUUUUUGAAGCAGGAGGCUUAUAGUUCCCCUGGAGAUAUUGCUGUCCUUUGCGCGUAUUUGGGCCAGUUACGAGAGCUGAGAUCUGCCCUAGCAUCCCUCAAAGUUGCUGUUUCCGUUGAUGAACGCGAUCAAGAUCAGCUAGCCAGAGAGGGAAUGGACGAUGAAGCAUAUAUAGAACAAGUUACCGUGUCCAAGCAUGUUCGUCUAGGCACUGUUGACAUUUUCCAGGGCGAGGAAGCAAAAAUCGUUAUUGUUUCUCUUGUCAGAAACUCUGGAUCUUUCGAUAGCGAUGAGUCAAUUGGCUUCCUGAAGUCUGCCAAUCGAAUUAAUGUGGCACUAUCGCGUGCUCAGCAUGGACUGUAUGUCUUAGGAAACGCCUCCAACCUUCGUCAGAAUCCGACCUGGAAGACCAUCAUAGACGAGAUGGAGCAGCGGGACCAGAUCGGGUUCGGGUUUCCAGUAAUAUGCCCUCGCCACCCAGAACAGAGAAAUACAAUCACGGCACCAGGCCAACUCAGUGUCGUUGCACCAGAAGGUGGCUGCUGCUUGCCUUGCGAUUAUCGUAUGGACUGCGGCCACAAUUGCCCUUCGAUGUGCCAUCUCGAUCUCGAUAAACAUCGCAGCAUGCGGUGCGAUAUGCCAUGUCUCCGAGCCCCAUGCCCGCGUAUGCAUCCAUGCGAUAAGAGAUGCUCGGACAAAUGCGGCCCUUGUGAAUUUCCCCUUUACAACAUCGCCCUUCCCUGUGGUCAUGUAGCAUCAAUCCUAUGUCAUCAAGCGGAAAAUCUAGCUUCAGUUUUCUGUCACGAAAAGGUCUCAAAACGGUUGUCGCUUUGUGGACAUGAUGCAAUAAUGCGCUGCUCUGACGAUCCUCAGAAGCACAAAUGCAUUAAAGCUUGCGGAGGAACUAUGCCGUGCUGCGAAAAGACGUGCAAGUCGUUUUGUGGGGACUGCACAGGACUUAAUUUGCCAGGAGCUCUGGGAACCCAUCGCCCCCUGAAAAUCGAACGCACCUUGCACAAAUCGCAUCAAUGCGAGCGACUCUUAUUCUGUCAACACAAAUGCGGUCUCGACUGUUCGAAAGACCACGAAUGUAAUACGUCGUGUAAGCAGCAGUGCCGCCAACGUUGUUCCCAUCACAGGUGUCCAAAAUCUUGUGCCCAAGACUGUGCGCCCUGUGCCGAACCAUGCGACUGGAACUGCCCUCAUCUGUCUUGUCCAGUGUUAUGCGGAUCGAUAUGUGCACGUCUACCAUGCGAUGAACCAUGCCGUAGCAUUCUUCAAUGCGGCCAUAUCUGCCCUUCAGUAUGCGGCGAACCCUGCUCUCAACAGAAGUGCAUCGAAUGUCUCUUAGACGACGACAAGAUGGACAUCGUAGAUUUUAUCAUGCAACGAAGGCUUACCGACAUCUCUAUCGGGUCGGACGAUAUCAGCGACAGGAUCAUCACUCUGGAUUGUGGGCAUAUUUUCACAGUGGAGACGUUAGACGGUCAUUGUCAAAUGACUGACUAUUACGAGAUCAACGUAAUGGGGUCCUACACGGGAAUGAAAGCACCUCCUACCGAAUUUCAACGACCACCAAGCUGUCCAACUUGUCGGGCCCCCAUUACAGCUCGGCGCUAUGGAAGGGUCCUCAAGCGAGCGAAUCUCGAUAUCUUGGAACAGAAUGUGGCCAGUAUGAUGUCCCAACGUCUGGCUGAGAUUGUUCCAUCUAUUGAGACCCUCAGCAACGGUCUAGAAGAACUAGCAGCCCAGGCUAAAAAACUUGAAGCCGCGCCGAAUUUUAAAUGUCACCCUGCUGAUAAGUUUGAGCGCCUAGUCGAAGAGAGGAAAGGUUUCAUGACGAGGAAAGCAGACGAUGUGUUGGACCAUCGUAUGCUCACUCGCCAUGGUUUGUCGGAGUCCGAGGCCAGAUCAUGGAUGGGUAUUGUUGGGGAUCUUCACAGAGUUUACAAAAUGGUAGCUGAUGUUACAAAGACGCGAUCCGCCCACGUCCGUGCCUACGAGUCAGCUCUUUCUACCCUUUAUCGCUUGGAACUUGCAAAUCUUGCUGCCGGACCCACCAUCGGAUAUCCGGGUCCCUCCUGAACACAUUGCAAUGAGCAAUGUUGACCGGAAGAUUGGACAACCUCCUCACAAGGCUGAUCGUCGCUAUCAUCUCGAAGCAUUCAUAUUAUCCAUCGAGUUGAGGCUCAUGUUGGGAAGUGUUGCUCGUUCUCGGUUUGAGGCACUUCCAAUGACAUCCAACGAACCUGCAGCUCUCCAUCAUCGUAAAGUCUGGUACUCGUUCACGUUGUUCAUCUAUCAGUCAUGCAUUGCCGACUGUCAAAAGGCUAUUACCAUCGCUCACGCAACUUCUUCAUCACGUUUGGCCGCUCGUUCUG